AUGGCAGAGCAGCUGAGACCAUUUCCCUGUCUGAUUCUGUUUCCCUUCCCACAGCUUCCUCGGGCGAGAUGUGAGGAGAACUGUGUCAAUCCUGAACAUUGCCUGACCACAGAUUGGGUGCAUCUCUGGUAUAUAUGGUUGCUGGUGGUCCUCGGGGCGCUGCUCCUGCUGUGCGGCCUGACUUCCGCGUGCUUCCGCUGCUGCCUGGCUCACCCGCAGGCCGGGGAGGAGGCGGGCCGGCCCCCUUAUGAAGUCACGGUCAUCGCCUUUGAUCACGACAGCACACUCCAGAGCACCAUCACCUCCCUGCAGUCAGUGUUUGGCCCUGCGGCUCGACGAAUCCUGGCUGUGGCUCACUCGCACAGCUCCCUGGGCCAGCUGCCCUCCUGCCUGGACACCCUCCCAGGGUACGAAGAAGCUCUUCGCAUGAGUCGCUUCACCGUUUCAAGGAGUGGGCAGAAAGCAUCUGACCGACCCCCAGUACCAGAAGAAGGGCAGCUGCCUCCACUGGAGAAGGCGUCUCCUCAAACACAACACCCUCCCAAUUGAUGGGAGCUCUGGUUUUACAAAUGGGGUGGGGGCAUCCCCAGAGUUGGUAGAGAUUCACAGACAAAUAGGACAUUUUUCCCCCCUGACUUUCAGAAGGCGUAGGAUAGCAUCUAAACAUCAUUCAGUGGAAAAGAUGGAUUCCAACUCCUCAUUUCCAGACACGUAUAUUUCCUGACGUGGAAUGCUCUAGUCGGGGACAUGCAUUCUUUACCCAGGGGCAAACAUUUGCAAUUCACCUGUAGCAAUGCUGUUAGUACCGAGCAGGAAAGCAUCAAAGGUAUCUCGGAUCCCGCCCCCCCCCCCCCCCGUUACCUGAGCUCCUUGGCCCCUGGGAUACUGCCUGCUGCUUGCUCCGUGAAUAGAUGGUGUCCACUGGCGAGAAGGACAAACAUGUAGGCACAGCCAGAGACAGGGGUGCCCUGAAUUCAUGCAUCCUCCCUCUCGAGAGAACAUUCACUCUUACACUGAGUGGCAGUGAUGUUUUUGGACGUCAUGUAAUAAUACCUCACUGAUCACCCAGAAUCCAGGGGUGGGGCUGCAGGCAGGGGCCAAGAGAACACGGUAAGGUAUGGACGCAUCAAACAGCAAGGUCUUUCUUUCAGUCUGGUUCUCCUCACCCGCAGCACGAGAGACGGCACAGAGCGCAGUCACAGUUCUAUUCCGGUUUUAGUUCCUCUUCCCUGCAAACACACAGAGGCACGCACGCAAAUGCACAUGCACAGACAGCUUUGCUUUGCUUCUUCCCGCUCUCCUGCUUUGGCCACUUAAAGCCAAGUGUCUACAGGGACAGACGCUCGUCUCUAGUGGUAGCCUCCACUGCCACCUGGUGGAGCCGUGGUAGAAGUGCACCCUCCUGUUGGAAUCCGGGUCCCUCUCCGGUUCUUCCAGCACUAACUGAAAAUGGCAGGAACCACGGUGUCCACAUAACAUCCCACCUCCAUAAUGCACUGUUAUUGGCAGCUUUAGGAAGUGAAGCGUAUCUGGGGAAAGACUACUUACCAGUGACCUUAGAAAAGUCCCUGAAAUCUUUCAAGCACAGUUUUCUCACCUGUACAAUAGAGGAUAACGAACACCGCCAAGGACCGUGGUGCACAUCAAAUACGCUACCUGUACACGACACGAUUUGUAAAUUAUUACGCACAUGUGUUCGUUACUCUUAGCACUGACAACUAAUUUUCACCGCCUGCCGUGAUUCUGCUGAGAAUCACGGUCUGAUUUGUCCUUUUGCCAGGCAGCCUGCUACGUUGUUGCCAAGUCACACCUAACAUAGCUUAUCUCAUCAAUAAAUAUGUGUUGAUGGCGGUAAA